AUGGCUUCCUACUUGGAGGAUCUUGUCGAUUCGCUUAUAAGCAGUUCGGCGCUCGUUACCUAUUGGAACUACAUCUUCCCAGUGCUAGUGGGUCUCUAUCUAGCCAUCUCACUGUACGACAAGCAUCGAUAUGGUCGCAACAAGAAGCUGAGAAUUACGGAACCAGCUGCAACCGAGAAGAGUGGCAACAAACUGGAUGGUAUCGAGUACGUUGGAGAUCUGGAAUAUGCAGAAUAUGACCCGUUACCGGCACUGGAGGAAAAACCACACAUUCCAUACAGCGGUGCAACGGUAACUCUCGCGACAGAUCCACUAGAAGCGGCCAAUCGGUUCUAUGCCAUUGCCAACAAUCGGCGUAGUGUGCGGAUGUUCAGCUCUAAACCGGUCGAUGUUGCCAUCGUGGAACGAUGUAUCCAGGUGGCUGGUACGGCCCCCAGCGGAGCCCAUACGGAACCGUGGACAUUCUGUCUCGUGUCCGAUCCAUCGAUCAAGGCAAACAUCCGGGAAAUUAUCGAAGCCGAAGAAUUCGUUAACUACACCCAACGAAUGGCGAAACAGUGGGUGACCGAUCUGCGUCCAAUCCGCACGAACCACAUCAAGGAGUACCUUACGGAGGCACCACAUCUCGUGCUAGUGUUCAAACAAACAUAUGGGUAUAAAGAUAGCCCCACAGGCACCGACAAAAAGCAACAUUAUUAUAACGAAAUAUCGACCUCGAUCUCGACUGGGAUGCUGCUCUGUGCGUUACAGUGUGCCGGGUUAAGUUCGCUCGUUACCACGCCACUAAACUGUGGACCGAUGCUUCGCACACUGCUCGAACGACCACCGAAUGAGAAGCUGAUGGUGUUACUUCCCGUAGGAUAUCCAGCGGAUGAUUGUACCGUACCGGACCUCCAGCGAAAACCGCUGGAAGAUAUCCUCGUGCGUUAUUGA